AGGGUCCAAAACACAGAUUUCUUAAGAUUAAGAAUUUUGUUAAACCUUAACACGUGGUGGAUAAUAUCUCGGUGGCAGCGUAUUUUAUCCCUUUCAUCCGACCAAUGAUUACACACCACGAUCAGCUGAUAAGCCAUCUGGCAUAUGCCGCUCUGCUGUUGACGUGGAGGUGGACGUGUAAGUAUCUACGUGGCAGAGAUUCAUAACGAGGCUGGCUAGAGCAGAGAACGGAGAUCAUUUUUUCACAAGUGGAUUAAACAAAGAAAACUUGGAAAGAUGGAGCUCAUUCAAACUUCUGUGUAUUUUGGAUCCAUGGUGUUGAUGAUACAAUCGCUUUAUGUGAUCAAUUUGACGGAGGCCAAGGAUACAUUGGUCACUGACGUCGUGUCGUUUGACAUCAAGAUUGACGGCGUGGAUACGGGCACCAUAGACAUCGGGCUGUUCCGGAAGACGGCCCCGCGGACGGUAGAUAAUUUCGUAAAACUGGCCGAGGGAAACACGAAGGACGGCCUAGGAUAUACCGGAAGUCCCUUCCAUAGGAUCAUCGAUGACUUCGUUGUUCAAGGCGGUGACGUUGUCUUCCAUAAUGGCACAGGAGAGACGAGCAUCUACGGCGGACGUUUCGCAGACGAGGCGUUCACGUUGAACCACUACGGUGCAGGAUGGGUGAGCAUGGCAAAUGCCGGCCCCGACACUAACACGUGUCAGUUCUUCAUCACGGCGAAGGCGGCGAACUGGCUGGAUGGGAAACACGUGGUGUUCGGCAAGGUAGUGCGCGGCAUGUGGGUUCUCAAACAAAUUCUCGCCGUCGACACCGACAAGGCAACGGACCGCCCCCUCGUUGACGUCAUCAUCGCGAAGAGCAGCGCAAAGAAAGUUGAUGAACCAUUCACCGUUGCCAAGGUAUCGGCGGAUUGGUUAACGUAGACGCUUGAAAGGGAGGUCACGUGCUAUAAACUCACGCGCUGGGCCGGUCACGCGGUGACGUAGAUGGAGCGAGGAGAGGAGAGAUUUUCUUCAUUGUGAAGAUCACACAUGUCCUCAGGGAAAUUUACAAUGGCGUCAUACACAUUUAUAUGACGUCACAGAGGACACCUGCAAUUCAUGAAAUUAUCGAUAAUGUACCGAAUUGCAAUUGUUGUAACUGCUGUGUGAUGUUGUGCUUGCAGAUGUAAAGUUGCUUUGCAGAAAUUUACGGUUAUUUUCCUUAUUAAGUAUCUCAAUGAUAUAAUUACUUGUCAAUGAUAAUAUUCGAAAUACUUUACAUUCAUUGACUUUAAUUAAAAUACCUAUACACUUAUUGAAUUAAAUAAGGAAAUGAAUUUAGAUGUUUUAUGGACUAGCAGAGUUGGUUCAGAUGAACAAAGUAAUGAUAAAAAAAUCUUUGUUAUCAAAUAACAUAAAUUACAUGUAUAUCACUGUAUUUUCUUUUUAAUAUUUCGUCAUAUUAAAUGUAAAAUAUAACCAUGAACGUA